AUGUUCGGGUUCUGGAGAGCCUUCACCAACGUGCUCUUCUACCUCACUCUGGCCAUCGGCCUCGGAGGGCUGCUGGGCAACGGGCUCGUCCUCUGGCAUCUGGGCUUCCACAUCAAGAAGGGCCCCUUCUCCGUGUAUGUCCUCCACCUGGCCGCCGCGGACUUCCUGUUCCUCGGCUUCCAGGUGGGCUUCUCCAUCGCCCAGGCCGCCCUGGGCUCCAAGGACAACCUCUACUUCGCCGUCACCUUCGUGGGCUUCGCCGCGGGGCUCUGGCUGCUGGCGGCCCUGAACGCCGAGCGCUGCCUCUCUCUCCUCUUCGCCACCUGCUACCAGGGCCACCGCCCCAGGCACACCUCGGGCCUCGUCUGCGGCCUGGUCUGGGCCCUGACCCCACCGGCCGUGCUGCUGCCGGCCCACACCUGCGGCCUGCUGCGGGCCAGCAAGCGCCCGCUCACCUGCCUGCGGUACCACGCGGCCAGCGUCACGUGGCUGCUGUCCCUGGCCUGCGUGGCCUGCGUGGCCGGACUGGUCCUCUUCAUCUGGGUGGCCUGCUGCUCACAGCGCCCGCGACCCCAGUUCUUUGGCGUCACCGUGGGCUCCGCGCUCCUGCUCUGCUUCUGCGGCCUGCCCCUGGUCCUCUACUGGAGCCUGCAGCCCCUCCUCAGCUUCCUGCUGCCCGCCUUCUUCCCGCUGGCCAUGCUCCUGGCCUGCGUCCACGGCAGCGCCAAGCCACUCCUCCACUUCAUGGCCGGCUGGCAGCCGGGCCAGCGCCAGCCCCUGCGGGCCCUGCUGCAGAGGUCCCUGGGGAAGCAGGCCCAGCGGGGGGCCCGCGGGCUGUCCCUGCCCAUGAGCCUCAUGUAG